AUGGCCAGCCCUAAGACAGUGGUGAAGUCAGAAGCUUUCCAUGGCCUAGCUGGGUUCUAUAGGCGGUUUGUCCGUGAUUUUAGUACCUUGGCCGCACCCUUAACUGAAGUCAUCAAGAAAGAAGUUGGAUUCAAGUGGGAGAAAGCACAAGAGGAUGCGUUUCAAGCUCUCAAAGAUUGCCUAACUAACGCCCAUGUUCUUAUUUUACCUGACUUCUUGAAAACUUUUGAGAUUGAGUGUGAUGCUUCAGGUAUUGGCAUAGGAGCUGUCUUGAUGCAGGAUAAGAAGCCAAUCGCUUUCUUUAGUGAAAAUCUUGGAGGUGCCACUCUCAACUAUCCAACCUAUGACAAAGAACUCAAUGCCUUGGUCCGUGCCUUGCAAACUUGGCAACACUAUCUCUGGCCAAAGGAGUUUGUCAUCCACACAGACCAUGAAUCUCUCAAACAUCUUAAGGGUCAACAAAAGCUCAACAAAAGACAUGCCAGGUGGGUUGAGUUCAUCGAGACCUUUCCAUAUGUCAUCAAGUACAAAAAAGGUAAGGACAAUGUUGUAGCCGACGCAUUGUCCCGGAGGGAAGCGCAUGGAGGAGGCCUGAUGGGACACUUUGGUGUGGCCAAAACACUUCAAGUCAUGCGUUAUCAUUUUGAUUGGCCGCACAUGAUCAGAGACGUGGAGAGGAUAUGUUCUAGAACACAAGGUUUGGAUUCUGAUUCUGAUGAAACACUCGACAACCCUUUUGCAGGAGGCAAGGACCGACGUCGUCAGCUUCAGGAAGAUCUUCGUGAGGAAGAUGGAAACACAGUAGAAGUGUUUUUAAACCCGGACCGGACCGGUGGUCCGACCGGGUUCGACCACGAACCGGCACCAAGUCCGGGUUGGGUUGAUAUGGAAAACCGGAGAUAG